GAUGGCUACAAGAUGGAUGCCUCCUGAUCCGGACGACGACGCUGCCGUGGUGCAUUCGCCGGCCAAUGCGAUGCUGACGAACUAUGCACCUCCACCUCCUCAUGUGAUAGACUGGGAGGUUGCAAAGGUUGUGGGUGAGACAGUGGUCUUUUGGGACAUCAAUUCGUGUCCCGUUCCCCCUGGCUUUGAUGCUAGUCUGGUCGGUCUGUGCAUCAAACGGUUCUUGAAGAAAGAAGGCUACUCUGGUCAUGUCACCAUCGAAGCCAUUGGCGUUCUAGCAGACGUCCCUAAUGACACUCUAGAAAAAGUCUAUUCCGGUGGAAUCACUCUUCAUAACGUCCCCUACGGUCCCUCAGACACUGUGAAACUCGUUUUUGAGCGUUCCAAUAGCCCUGGUCCUCUAUCUAACAUAAUGGUCAUAUCCAAUUCCAAAAUCUUUGCUUGGGAGUCUCAGUCUCAAACUUUGAGAUGCAAUCUUCUAAAGCCGUUUCCCAUUAUUUCUCUUCAGCGCUUUUGUGUGGCAGACUCAGUUGAGGAGGAUCAAUGCAGUGAAACGGGUGAGUCUGCCUUCUUGAUUUGCUCAUUAUGCAACUACCAUAGUCUUCCCUUCCACAGAUUUGGAAGUUUCGCCAUGCAUCUCAACAGUAGACGCCAUCAACAGAAGUUGUCGGAGCUGUUGCCCAUAAGUAAGCAACUCCAGUGCUUGAGCUCACCACUAAGUGAGCCUCCUGAGAAAGACCUGGGGGCUGUAACAUCUGUCUUUUGGGACAUCAAGAUGUGUCCGGUUCCACCUGGCUGUCGCUGUGUUUCUCAUUUGGUCGGUCCGUAUAUUAAACGGUUUUUGGAGAAUAAAGGCUACUCUGGUCCUCUCACCAUCACUGCCAUUGGCGUACUAACAGACGUCCCUAAUCGCAUUCUGGAAGGAGUCUAUUCCAGUGGAAUCUCUCUUAAUAGCAUCGCCUCUGUUUCUGAAACAGGAUUUUUUGCCACUGUUGAUCGUCUAAUUUGUGAGUUUACUGUUGAGAAUCCACCUCCAGCUAAUAUAAUGGUCAUAUCCGACGCAAAAUCCUUCACUUCUGAUGAUGCAUUCUCGCUAGAAUCGAGGGGAUACAACAUUCUUCAGCCGUUUCCAUGUGAUUCUCUUGAAAGAUUUUUCUUGGCAGUUUCAAAUGCACUUGAUGAGGAUAUUUGCAGUGAAAAAACGAGUUCUGAUGAUGCAUUCUUGCUAGAAUCGAGGGGAUACGACAUUCUUCAGCCGGUUCUGGGCGAUUCUGUUCCAAGAACUUACUGGGCAGAGGGACUUGAGGAGGAUGAGUGCACUGAAACGAGUAAAUCUACCUUCUGGAUUUGCCCUGCUGCAAGGGGAUCCAACACUCUUGAGAGGGUUCGAAAAUUUUUCUUGGCAGAGGCACUUCAGGUGAAUAAGAGCAAAUCUGCCUUCUGGAUUUGCUCGGUAUGCGACGAUCUUCGUGGCCAACAGUUUAAACAUUUUCUCCGUCAUGUUGCUAGUCGGUCACACAAGCGGAAGCUGUUGGACUGGUUGCCUGGGAAUGCUUCCUUUCUUCGGUGUGCUCCCAACCAUGGUGACCAAGCCGCUACUAGCGAAAGUGGAACAAGGAGAAGUGGAGAAACAUGAAGAGAAAAAGAACUGAAGAAUGCCGAUAGUGUGUGUGUGUGUUUAUUAAGUAAGAAAACUUGCGCUUAUUUUCGAGUCCCUUAGUUUCUUUUGUUUUCAAUCAACUAAAAACGAAAGUCGACGAAUGGCAACUCAACUUAUGGAACAAAUAAACAAAAUGGUUAUCGUUUUAGUGUUACAUUCAUUUCAUAA